AGGCAUGUGAGAAAGACAAUUCUCGUAACCAGCAUAUAUAUACGAGAUCUUUGUCUAUUCUCUGUUCAUCCCUACCUACAUUAAACAUAAAGAAUAUCUGACAAUUUUCAUUGUCUAGAACUUCUAAUGAAUCAUUAGUCUUCCUAGGUGCUCUUCUUGACCAUGACAGAUUCAGGGGAGUACCACUUCGUGAUUAUAGGGGGAGGCACGGCAGGUCUUGUCGUAGCUACCCGUUUAUCUGAAGAUCCAAGCCAGCGCGUUCUCGUCUUGGAAGCUGGGGCCGACUUGAGUGAUGAUCCACGAAUAAAAACACCAGCACACCACCCGGCUUUGCUUGGAUCACAAGCGGACUGGAAUUUUAAAAGUGAGCCUCAGUUGAGUCUCAAUGGAAGAUCAGUCAAUUUAUACCAAGGAAAAGCCCUCGGAGGGUCAAGCGCUAUCAACGCGCAAAUUUUUGUUCCCCCAACCAAUGCAUCGCUCGAUGCUUGGGGAACACUUGGUAAUGACGGAUGGAACUGGGACACAAUGAAGGAGUAUUAUUCAAAGGCAUUUAAACCUCCCGUAAUUGAUCAAUCAUCAAGAAAGGUGCUUGGAAUAGAUGGGUAUUCUCCAUACGAUACCCCUAACGGCCCACUCCAACUAUCAUACGCCGGAAAUCCAGAGCAUCCCGUACGCGAAGCUUGGAUGACAACAUUCAAAAACAAAGGCUAUCACGUAUCGAAUGACCCAUUUCUAGGAAUAUCCGUCGGGGCCUUUACCUCCCUCUCCAGCGUCGACCCAGCGAGGAAAGAAAGAAGUUAUGCAACUUCAGCAUACUACAACCCUGUUAAAUACAGGACUAACCUUAAAGUCCUUACAAAUGCGACUGUAGAGAGAAUUCUGUUCAAAGAUGGCCAUCGUACAAAGGCUAUUGGGGUUCAGUACAGACAUGGCGAUAACGUACAAGCAGUAGCCGCCAUUAAGGAAGUUAUUCUUGCUGCCGGCGUUCUCCAAUCUCCUAAGCUUCUUGAGCUAUCAGGUAUUGGCAACAAAUCGAUACUACGAAACAAUUCAAUCGAAAUCGUUCAAGAUCUUCCUGGUGUCGGAGAGAACCUUUACGAUCAUCCUGUUUGUAGUAUUAGCUACGAGGUGGCAGAAGGCAUAGAAACGCUUGAUUCGGUGUUAAGGCAAGAACCAGAAGCCCUAGAAAAAGCCAUGCAGGAUUACACUGUAGAUCAAAUAGGCUUACUGGCAUCCAUGGGGGUCAACACAUAUGCAUACCUUCCGAUGGUUGAUUACCUUUCUGAGAAGGGCCAGGAAGAAAUCAAGCAGCUACUUGCUCAGCAUCGUCCUUGUGGCAAUGGCCCUAGUGAAAACCGAGAACGAUCAUACUAUGAGUUCGCCGAAAAGAUAUUACUAGACUCAAAUCAGCCUUCGGCGGCGUAUUGCUCGCUUAUAAGACAGCAUCCUCUUCCGGUCGACCCCAACUCAGACUCGCCAUCCGGACCUAUACCCGGAAAUUUUAUUGCACUCGUCGCCACGCUUUCUCAGCCCCUUUCACGAGGAAGUGUUCACAUCGCAUCUAACGAUCCAUUGGCUGCGCCCACCAUCGACCUUAAUUACUUCUCCAACGAGAUUGACAUCGAAGUGUAUGCACGACAUAUGCUCUACCUCGACACUAUCGCCAAGUCAUCGCCUUUCAGCAAAUUGCUAAAGCAGCCCCUAGUUCGUCGCGACCCCGCUUCUCACCUCACCGAUAUUGAGACAGCCAAGAAAUACUUGCGCACCAGCACGAUAUCUAUGUGGCAUAUGGGAGGAACCUGCGCAAUGCUGCCGGAGGAAAAAGGGGGCGUCGUGAACCCGAAGUUGAAGGUCUAUGGCGUAGAUAGCCUUCGUAUUGUGGAUGCCAGUGCGAUCCCGCUCAACAGUACUGCUAAUAUGCAGUCUACUGUUUAUGCAUUUGCUGAGAGAGCAGCUGACUUGAUCAAGCAAGACUACGGACUAUAGUCCCCCCGGAAUAUGAUUCGUAUUGAAGGGUUCUUACAAGUGUGCUGAGAAUUGAUCAUAUAUUUCUCUUUUGAGUUGGUUUCUGGCUGUUACUGGUUGGAUGAAGAACUUGCACGCUCCUUAUUAACCUCCUAGUUGAGCCUUGUAUGUUACUUGGCAUAUAUCUGAUAGCUAUUUGUAUCUUGAUUUUGGAUAGUCUCAAAUCUUAGUUGUACGCAAUGAGAGGAUCAGAACAACGACCGACAUUAUAUCUUAGAAUGACAAUAGCCCUAUUGAGU